AUGAACCUCGGUCGGAAACCACUGUUACGUCGUCAAAUGCUAUCACAAAGAAGAAAUUAUCCAGAUAAACGUGAUUACGAAAAUGUGGUGAAAACAAAAUUUAAACGACAACGGAAACCCUUGGCAAUGACAAACGACGAAGUCAAAGCGGCAAAAGAGAAAUUUUCACGAGAAAGUGGUGGAAGACCUGUAAAACGAAAAGAUGAAUCAUUGGCUGAAAGGCGUACAGAUAGUCUGCUUGUUCUCCAAGGUGACGAAUCAGACGAUGCCACUCUUAUGAAUCAGAUGACAUUAGAAUUAGAGCAACCAGAACAAGAUCUCGAUAAGUUAAAACAAUUUUGGAAAUCUACACUUAAAUCAAGAAGAGAUCUUAUUCGAAAAAAUAAAAUUGCUGAUGUAUUACAACUGUAUCCAGCUUAUAAAAUUCCAGAGUUGAUAUUUUAUGAAGUUGAGCUAACUCGAAAACUGGAUAUCCGAAGAAAUACUCAAAAAUGUUUAGCUGUAUUGUAUGGAAAAUUAGUAGCACACGAUAAAACAUCGUAUUUAACAGGUAAGAUUAUUUUGGGAUUGAAAUAGCCCGACUUCGAAUGCUUUUCAGUCAGAAAAAAGGGCUUUUUUUUGCUUUUGGGAGCAGGAUCUUUUUCGUAGAUUUCCGCGAUUAAUUGCUGUUUUUGUGUUGAAUCGGAAGGCUUUCCCUCAAAAGACAAUGAGCCGUAUCACACUUAAAAAUUUAUGUUUUGAUACAGGAUGUAGUUCAAAUCCGAAUUGAAAACUUAUCAGCCAAAGCGGGCGUUGCUUUACUUCGAAGGUGGUUAAGCAAAGUUUAAAACACCAGUAGAACUUCCAAAAAUCGAUACUUUAUAUCUCGGACUAUUAGAUCCAGUGGCUUGCUAAUCAAAAGACCUCAUAUUUGCCUCUCUUCUGU